AUGGUGAUUGAUCGAGACACGCUCCAAAAGAAAAUAAUAGGCGCCAGAUUCUAUGACGAUUUUGAUCUUUCUACCAAACCUCUUGGUAAUAAACCAAAUAAGCGUCAAGGCUCACCAAGAGAUGCAGUAGGCCACGGGACUCACACUGCAUCAAUAGUAGCUGGAACAGCAGUUGCUAAUGCCAGUUAUUAUGGCCUUGCAAGGGGCAAAGCAAAGGGUGGAGUACCCUCGGCUAGAAUAGCUGCAUACAAGGCCUGCUCAACAGAUGGUUGCAGCGGUUCCACCAUCCUCAAAGCAAUCGAAGAUGCCCUCAGUGAUGGGGUGGACAUCAUAUCAAUUUCGAUCGGUCAGAGUUCAGUUUUUCAGCCUGAUUUUCUGAGUGAUCCAAUAGCCAUUGGAGCUUUCCAUGCUGCAGAGAAAGGAGUAAUGGUCAUAUGCUCAGCUGGAAAUGAAGGGCCUGAACCUUAUACCGUUGUUAAUUCAGCUCCAUGGCUGUUCACUGUGGCAGCAUCCACUGUCGACCGUGAUUUGCAGUCCAUUGUGAUUCUUGGAAACAAAAGAUCCUAUCAGGGGACUGCAAUUAAUUUCUCGCCUCUGAACUCAUCAAAAGCUUAUCCUCUUGCAUUUGGAGAAAAUGUUGCAGCUCGUUUUGUCUCUCCAUCAGAUGCAAGGAAUUGUGCUCCAGGGUCGUUAGAUAGCAAAAAAGUUGCUGGAAAAAUAGUGAUUUGUUUGAAUGAUAACCCAACAAUAUCAAGGAUGAUCAAGAAGCUGGUAGUAGAAGAUGCAAAAGCUAAGGGUUUGAUAUUAAUUGAUGAGGAAAAAAGAAGUUCACUACUUGAUUCCGGCAUAUUUCCAUUUACAGAAGUUGGGAAGCAGUCAGGAUCUCCAAUUCUCAACUAUCUAAAUUCGACCAAGAAUCCAACAGCAACGAUACUUCCAACAUUUGAAGUUCCAAAUUUUAAGCCAGCUCCAAUUAUUGCAGAUUUCUCUUCAAGAGGUCCUGGAUCACUGACAGAAGACAUUCUUAAGCCUGAUAUUGUAGCUCCAGGGGUGGCAAUUUUAGCAGCAAUGAUUCCAAAAAGUAAUAUGGGUGACCUUCUUCCUGGAAUGAAGCCAUCGUCGUUUGGCAUAAGAUCUGGAACAUCAAUGGCUUGUCCACAUGUUACUGGGGCUAUGGCAUUUGUUAAAUCUAUUCACCCAAAUUGGAGCUAUUCAAUGAUCAAAUCUGCUCUGAUGACUACAGCUACUACAUCUAACAACUUGGGAAAACCAAUCACAAAUACUUCAAAUUACAAUGGAAAUCCUCAUGAAAUGGGGGUUGGGGAAAUCAGCCCUCUUGGAGCUCUUCAUCCUGGUUUAGUAUUUGAGACCACUACCAAAGAUUAUUUGCGGUUCCUUUGUUACUAUGGCUAUAAAGAAAAAGCUAUAAGAUCAAUGUCAAAUAGAAAUUUCAGCUGCCCAAGAAACUCUGCCAAAGAACUUAUCUCCAACGUCAAUUAUCCUUCCAUAUCAAUUGGCGAACUUGACAGAUCCCAAGGUGCAAAAAGAGUCAAAAGAAUUGUGACUAAUGUUGGUCCACCAAAUGCUACAUUUUUCUCUUCGUUACGAGCUCCACCUGGUCUGACGGUCAAGGUGAUUCCAAAGAAACUUAGUUUUACAACAAGUGUGAAGAAAUUACUUCUCAAAGUCUCAUUUAACAGCAAAUAUGCCUCAAAGGGUUACAAUUAUGGGGCUAUACUAUUAUUUGAUGGCUCGCAUACAGUUCACAUUACAUUUGUGGUAAAUGUAGUAUAAAGCAACAUGCAAAUUUUGCAUGAUAAUA